GAAACUGAGACCGUCUCAGACUGUCACUCAGUCUCAGAGCUGUGCCAUUGCUAAGGCAUUGCUCCUGCGCCAAGAAAGUGCGGGCAUCCCGGGCCGAUCCAAGCCGCGACGAGCGCGACGCCCUGGCCGCCUUCGCUUCCACUGCACCUGCUGCAUCACCGCAUUCAGUUCUGACCUCGCUGAUAAGAUCUCAUGACCUUGCAUUUCGAUGGCAGAACAGGAAAGAAACGGCAAAGAGAUUGUGCCUGUCCACACUGCAAAAGAUGGUGAGGGUGGUGACGGAAAGGCCCUUGUUGUCGGCGGCAGCAUUGGGCAAAUCCGGGUGGGCCCACGGAUGCCAGGAGACACUGUCAGCUUUGAGGAGAAGCUGCGCAAGAUCACAGAGGAGGUCCCUGCCAAAGUCAGCAACGUGUCGGGCAGUUCUGCGGGCGCUGGAAGCGGUGACUUUCAUCAGUAUCGAGCGAUGCGACGGUGGGAGCAGGACCGUCUUGCAAGAAUGGAGGAAGACUUCAAGAAGAAGGUGGCAGAAGCAGAGUUUGAGAAACGAAGACUAGAGAGAUUAGCUGCCGCGGAAGAAAGAACAUCUAAGAAGAGGGCAAAACGGCAAAAGUUGAAAGACAAGAAAAAAAGCAGAAGGAAUGGGGCAGGAGAUGGAACAACACAAGGGGGGCAAGAUGAGGGGCAGAGCGAUGAUGGUAGUGAAGAGAAUGAACAUGUAGAAAGAGUUCAGGAACUUCAAAAACAAUUGGAUUAGAAUAUCAUACCUGAAGAGGAUCAGAGAGGUUGUAACAUAUUAGGCUAAGACUGUUCUAAAAAGAACUCAGUGAGUUGUUCGGAGCCGGCUCUCGAAGAUCUGCACUGUCUUAAGUUAGAUGGCCUAGGCAUGGUUACUAUGUGGU